CUAGUUUGUAUAGAUGCUGCGUGCGGAGGAGAGAGAGGGAAUGAGCGAGAAAGAGAGCAGAGGAGGAGGAGAGAGAACAAGAAAGUCAGAGAGAGAGAGGGAGGGAGAGAGAGCAGAGGCAGUGCGUCGAACAGCUACUUUCACAACACAGGGCAACUGCUCGCUCUCCGUCUGGGAACCGUCGAUUCUUUUCAACACACACACUGACUCACAGCCCCCCUCCUCCUCCUCCCCCCUUUUUCUCUCAACCCCGAGGGUUUGUUCCCUCUCAGGGUAACUUUUGUUGAGAGUGGGUGUGUGUGUGUGUGUCUUCCAGCCUUUUUUCGGACUCCUACCGUUGAGAAGAAGAAAAAAAGAAAAAACAUUGGCGAGAGGAAUUUGGAGACUUCCUUGGGUUCUUCCAGCGCCGCUGCCCUGUCGCCCUGCAGCUCCUCAUUUCAGCAUCUCUGCACUGAUUAGGGGAAAGAGCAGAACGGUUUAUCUCCCUUUCGCUCAGAGAGGAUUUAGAGGGUGUGUGAGAGAGAGCGAGAAAGAGAGAGAGAGAGAGAGGGGUGAGGGAGGGAGAGAGAGAGAGAGCUUGCGCGCGACCGUGUGAGUACGAGGAUGACCGCCUGCCGCUGAGCUGCUGAGCUCGCAGGGGAACUCAAAACCUAAAUAAGGAAAAGAGACUCGGCAGAAAGGAGUGAAAGAGAAAGAAAAAAAAACUUUGCGGGGAGAGGAAAAAAAAAGGAAAUUGUUGAUGAUUUUUCUGCUCUUCUGAGUCGGAACAAGGGAUCUGUAGAAUGCCUGCCGAAGUGAAACAGGAGCAGAGCCCCAGUAACCAGACGUCUCUGGCCAUGAUGCAGGAGCCACAGGAGGUGGUGGAGGAGACGGUCACCAUCGAGGAGGACCCCGGCACUCCCACCUCCCACGUCUCCGUGGUAACCUCCGACGACGGCACCACCCGACGCACAGAAACCAAGGUGACGAAGAUGGUGAAGACGGUGACCACCCGGACGGUCCGGCAGGUUCCGCUGGGCCCGGACGGCCUCCCCCUCCCCGAGGGCUCGUCCCCACUGGGCAGCUACACCGACUCCAUCGACCGGCGCUACGCUAAGAACGGCGGCGAGCGCUACAUCACGCCGCAGGCCACGUCCACGCUGACGCGCUCCUACAACAACUACAACGACUCUUACAGCGAGGCCGAGUACGGCCGCCACUACGGCCUGCACGACGGCUACGGCGACGCCACGGAGAACUACGGAAGCCUGUCGCGCGGCGUCAACUUCCGCCCGCCCCGCUACCCCUACCUGCCCAACAGCUACCGCCCGGAGAACAGCUACACCCUCCCCAUCCGGAAGGACGACUACGGCCACGUGGCGCAGCCCCAGGUGCCCAUGGGCACCAGCAGCGUGGAGCUGAACCGCUCGCAGCCCGAGCGCUUCCAGGCGGAGCCCUACGGCCUGGAGGACGACCGGCGCAGCCUGGGCCCCGAGGAGGAGGAGCCGUACGAGCUGGAGCCCGACUACUCCACGGCCAACCGCCGCACGCUGGGCGCCAACCGCGGGCGCACCCUGCGGGAGCCGCUCCGCGACGGGCCGCGCGGCAGGUGUCGCUCCCUCAGAAACGUGAGUUCAGACGGUGCGGAGGCGCGGCGCAGACUGAGGGAGUGCGAGGGCUUGGUGGACGCCCUUCUCCACGCCCUCCAAUCAGCAGUCGGGAAGAAAGACAUGGACAACAAGUCGGUGGAGAACUGCGUGUGCAUCAUGAGGAACCUGUCCUACCACGUCCACAAAGAGGUGCCGGGGGCCGACAAGUUCCAGGACCCGUCCGCCCCCCAGGCCCCAGGCUCGGCAGGGCCCCAGAGGAAGAAGAAGGACGAUGCAGGCUGCUUCGGGGGGAAGAAGGCCAAAGAGGAAUGGUUUAAUCAAGGCAGAAAAAACGGAGAGAACGACAAGAACUACGACACCCUGGACCUACCCAAGCGCACAGAGCCCACAAAAGGCUUUGAGCUGCUGUACCAGCCUGAGGUGGUGAGGCUGUACUUGUCUCUGCUGACGGAGAGCCAGAAUUACAACACUCUGGAGGCUGCAGCAGGGGCCCUGCAGAACCUCAGCGCUGGACAAUGGACCUGGUCCAACUACAUCCGUGCUACGGUGCGUAAGGAGAAGGGCCUGCCCAUCCUGGUGGAGCUGCUGCGCUCCGACUCCGACAAGGUGGUCCGCGCCGUCGCCAUUGCUCUGCGCAACCUCUCCAUCGACCGACGCAACAAAGACCUCAUCGGAAGCUAUGCCAUGCGGGACCUGGUCAGCAACCUGCCCAGCGGGCAGCAGAGACCCGCCAAGAACUUGGAGGAGGACACGGUGGUGGCCAUCCUCAACACCAUCCACGAGAUCGUGACCGACAGCUCGGAGAACGCCCGCUCGCUCAUCCAGGCCCAGGCCAUCGAGAAGUUGGUGGCCAUCAACAGGACCAGCCAAUCACCACGGGAGACGAAGGCAGCAUCGCACGUGCUCCAGACAGUGUGGAGUUACAAGGACCUCCGGAACGCCCUGACCAAGGACGGCUGGAACAAGAGUCACUUCCAGCCCACAGCUGCUGCGGUCCCCAAAGCAGCCAAGAACGGCAAACCGGGCUACGACGACACCACCCUACCCCUGAUGGAGAAGAACCAAGGCACGCAGAAAUGUGGCAGUGGUGAUGUGGUACCUAUGGACGAACUUGGUCCAGAUGGUUACUCCACCAUUGACCAGAGAGACAAGGACUGCAAGUACAAGCCUGUAGAUGGUUCAGUGGACCUGACAGAACGGGAACCAUUAAAGAAUGACACAAAUAGGACACACUAUAUAAGGAGUAACAGGCCUACGGUCAGUCUGGUGGACGAUGUUAAACCCCAGCCUGUUGACUCCUGGGUCUAAAUGCAUGCAUGGAUUAAUCACAACAGCGUCCUGACAUCUCACCCAGACCAGGAUCUCACCACUGCCAUCACACAUGUCGGCUCGUCAGCAGACUUUGUAAAGGGCAGAGAGGAAAAACAAGCUCAACGAAAUACACCACCAUCCAGCAGGCCGACGUUUCAUGCUUUUCAGUAAAAAGAAAAUGAUGAAAAAAAAGUGACAUUCGCACACAAAAAAACCCAACAAAAAACAAACUAAAGGGGACUACUUCUUUGAGUACUACUUAUCAUAUCUACAUUCCCACAGGACAUGAUGUGUAACCUGACAGCAUGGACUCUCGUAGAGCUCUGGUGGGUGAAGUAAUGGAGAUAGUUCUGGAAGAAACUGUGUGUGCGUUAAGCCGGAGAACAGAAGGUGACGGAGAGAGGGGAAAGGAUGUGUCUUUGGAAAGAAGACGGGGGGAGGGUAACAGACUAAAUUAAUGUAAUUUUAACUUUAUUUUCCCAAAUGCGCUUAGAUUGGUUUUCUAUGUUCUUUUGCGUUUGUUUGUUGGGUUGUUAUUGGGGCUUUAUUGAUUCUGUUUCUGUUGACAACAUAAUUUUUCAUCAGUUUUUUCUUUUCUACCGGGGUUGAAGGAGCGUGGACUGGUGUGGUGAAAGGUUUCUGAAGGUUGGUUUGGUUUGAGUGUAGGAAAUGAGAAAGUACAAGGACACUGGAGCGAGAAAAACGGGGGGAAAAAAAGAGAGAUUUUCAGCCGUCAGAAUGGGCAAAUCUGUUAACACGCUGUUGCUCUCAUAAACCUAUAUUGAAUACAAUGUUUCACUGUGUUUCAUAAAGUGCACUGAAGUUGUGUUUGUUCAAAGUAUCGGUUUUCUGUUGGGUGCUAUCCACUUCAAAACGCCAAGUGACUGAAGCAUGACGCGUGCAAGUUGUGUCUGAGGUCAGGAGAGGUACAGAGAGUGUACUGUGGUCAUGUGGUUACACUGUGGUUGUUCACAACACAUUUCCAAGCAAGGUUGAACAAAGAAAAGAAAACCAUUUAGAAGAGAUAUUGACUGAGUAGAUAUUCCAAGGUGGAUCCCGUUUGAUGAAGAUAUCUGAGUGUACCUGUUGGUUGCUGUUUUUCAUGGAUAUGUAUUAAAGGUCAAGAGGAUAUAAGACAUUUUGUUUAUAAAUGAUGCUCUUAGAGAAAGUCAAUGGGUUAUGUGGUAAAGGCUAGAUUAAAAGCAUUUUAUAUUUUUGUUGGUUUUAUACACAUGUAUAUUAGGUUCAUAAAGAGAAAAAAAUAAGAAAAAAAGAAAUCCAAUGUACAAACUAGUUGUGUAUUCAUAACGGGUUGUUUGCAAAGCACAUUCGUUUGAUAAAAAAAUUGCCGUCUUUGUAAACAGAAAUAACCACAUAACUUGAGUGUGUAUCAAAUCUGUAGAGUCAUGCUGAUGAUCACCUAUUUAUAUUUUGUACUGUCAAGAGUAAAAAAAAUAUCUUCAGCUUUCUUUCUAAAGAUGAUAAAUACACAUUGAAGCGAUGAUCUGGUGUUUUAUGAGAUUAGAGAGAGAGAGAGAGAGAGAGAGAGAGAGAGAGAGAGAGAGAGAGAGAGAGAGAGAGCAAACGACCGGGAUCGACAGCAGAUUGAAGGCAGUGUUACAAUUCCCUUCUUUUCCACCGCAGUUGUGUGCUCUUGCUGACAACCUAAAAUGUGCUUUGCUUUUGCUAAUGCAUCUUUAAGAAAUAUUUGAAGCGAGCAUGAAAACGAUGUACAGAUGUUUAUAUCCUUGUUCUUUCGAAGUGCCAGUUUAUUUUUGUGGUGUAAUUGGAUAUUGAGUUCAUUCACAUUUAGAGAGAGAGCAAAGAGACAGUUACUUAUUAACGGUUAAAGAAUACAUUUGUACAGUUCAAACGAUACAAGAUAAGUUUGAUCCUUGAAUUCAAAUGUUCAUAUAGUGACAGUUGAGAGGCAGAAAACUGACCCUGUGUAGUUGUUGCCACUGUCUGAAAAGGGACUAGGAGAGGGAAACUUAACUUCACCCAAGUUUAAAAGAUUUGUUUGUAGUUUUAAAGGUCCAAGUGGACAGCCCCCCCCCCCCUCCCCUAUGCUCCCCCCCAACCCCUGCCCAACUCUCCAACCCCACCCAUUUCCUCCACCCCUACAAGGGUCGGAUGGGGGGAAGGAAGGGGGCCUCCCUCCCAGCUUCACUCAUACAUCAGCUCCAGUAGGCGAAAUGGCAUGUGCCUGCGUUAAAGUCUGAUUUUCUUUGUGACGUGACUUUAUAAAGCUUGCAUAUUUUACACAGUGUUUACAAAGACGUAUGUGAUUUGAAAUAAAGAAUAAACCUACAUGUAUGAACUUUGAUUUUCAGAGAAUAAUAUUGUUAUAGGCCCCCCAGCAUACUGUCCUGUAAGUGUCCUCUGAAGUGUGCCGCUGCCUUUCAUUGGACAAUUUAACCCUUGCAACAAAGAACCAUAAAUGUGCAUAAGACUGUCUGUUCCUGGCUGCAAUUUGCGGUACCACAACCAAAAGACCUGGUGUUGAAUCAGUGUAAAAGAACAAAAGCUGAAUCCAGGGGCUUGUUUUAUGGAUGUACUCCUUCUUGUACAUGUACAAAACAAUAUGUCUAUUGUUCUGUGAAAGGCCACAUGAAAAGAUGGACGGAAAACGGAUUCAAGACUUACCCGUGUAGAUAUCACUGGUUCAAGACCUUCAAAAUAAAGUAACUGUAAUACUCAGUAGCAAAUGUGUUUGUAACUAUCAUGUGCCUUAACCUUUUCCAUGGUAGAAUAAAUAACAAAGUGUGUUUUAUAUAACGGUAUCCCUCCUGUGGUCUCUCGUCUCCUCUCCAUCCUAUCUACUCUACAUCCCUUCUUUCUUUACAUCUGUCCUCUACAUCCCUUUUUUCUUUACAUCUGUCCUCUACAUCCCUUCUUUCUUUACAUCUGUCCUCCACAGAAAGGUUUGUACCCUUUACUGGGUCCCUCCUUUUCCUCUCAUGUCCCACAGUCAAACAUCCACUCACUCUGUCCUCAGUGUAGUCUAGACUGUUGGUGGUUUUGUCUUGUAUUACAUUGUAUUAUAAACUUUAAAAGAUAGACACUCAAAAUGGUUUGAAUUCCUAGCAGAGUAAGUUGUUAAUGCUUUCGUAGCGCAGAAGCGAUGCCACAGUGACAGAAUGUAUUAUGUUAAUUUUACUAAUGCCCAGAGGCAAGUAUUACGCGUGUGAAAAUAACAGAAAAAUAAUGAUUUGUAGAGUAUACAUUUGGUGUGUUUUCAAUAAAUCAUGCCUGGAAAGAU